AUGUCUAACAUCACCAAGAAGGUUUCGUGGUCCAGCCGGCCGGACGAGUCCGGGGCGGCCGGGGAGGGGACGCCGCUGCUCAACGGCUCCGAGCAGCCGAGGCACUCCAGACAGCUGUCUGAAGAAGGCAGUUUAUUUCAGAUAGGCAGACUCAGCACGGUGGAUUUGGAGGAGGAGAGGACAUCAGAUGAGGACUCUCUCAGGGGGCGACCCAAGGAGAUCCCACACAACGAGAAGCUGCUGUCUCUUAAAUAUGAGAGUUUGGACUAUGAUAACAUUGAGAACCAGCUGUUCCUUGAAGAGGAGCGGAGGAUGAGUCACAUGGGCUUCCGCUGUCUGGAGAUCAGUCGCUGGGUGGUCUGCGGUCUGAUUGGCUUCCUCACCGGCCUCAUCGCCUGUUUUAUAGACAUUGCGGUGGAGCAGCUGGCGGGGAUCAAAUACCAAGUGGUCAAAGAAAAUAUUGAAAAGUUUACAGAAGUGGGAGGACUGUCUAUUUCUCUCAUUCUUUGGGCUGUUCUCAACUCUGCCAUUGUCAUGCUGGGAGCCAUCAUCGUGGCUUUUUUUGAGCCCAUUGCAGCCGGAAGCGGUAUUCCUCAGAUAAAGUGCUACUUGAAUGGAGUCAAGAUUCCCAGGGUGGUGCGACUGAAGACCUUGGUGGUGAAGGUGUGUGGUGUCAUAUGCUCGGUGGUUGGUGGCCUCGCUGUUGGAAAGGAAGGUCCCAUGAUCCAUUCGGGCGCCGUUGUAGCCGCAGGAGUUUCUCAGGGCAGGAGCACUUCUUUAAAGAGAGACUUCAAGAUCUUUGAAUAUUUCCGGAGAGACACAGAAAAAAGAGACUUUGUUUCUGCUGGAGCGGCUGCUGGAGUUUCUGCUGCGUUUGGAGCACCAGUUGGCGGCGUUUUGUUCUCUCUCGAGGAGGGCGCGUCUUUCUGGAACCAGAUGUUGACGUGGAGGAUUUUCUUUGCCUCCAUGAUCUCCACGUUCACCCUGAACUUCUUCCUCAGCAUCUACCACAAAAACCCCGGAGACCUUUCCAAUCCAGGUCUCAUCAAUUUUGGACGCUUUGAGACUGAUAGUGUGACCUAUAAUCUAUACGAGAUUCCUUUGUUCAUUGCUAUGGGAGCUAUAGGUGGAUUGUUAGGAGCUCUGUUCAAUGUGCUCAACUACUGGCUGACAAUCUUCAGGAUUAGAUAUGUUCACCGCCCGUGUUUGCAAGUGAUGGAGGCCAUGUUGGUCGCUGCCGUCACGGCGACGGUGUCCUUCACCAUGAUCUACUUCUCCAAUGACUGUCAGCCUCUGGGGCCCGAACACACCGAAGAAUACCCACUGCAGCUGUUCUGUGCAGACGGGGAGUACAACUCCAUGGCCACGGCCUUCUUCAACACUCCUGAGAGAAGUGUUCGCAGUCUCUUCCACAAUCAGCCAGGGACGUACAAUCCGCUGACGCUGGGGUUGUUCACUCUGACGUAUUUCUUCCUGGCCUGUUGGACCUACGGCCUGUCGGUGUCCGCCGGAGUCUUCAUCCCGUCCCUCCUCAUCGGCGCGGCCUGGGGCCGGCUCUGUGGCAUCCUGCUUGCCUCCCUCACUUCGAGUAGCUCGAUCUGGGCGGAUCCUGGUAAAUAUGCCCUGAUUGGAGCUGCAGCUCAGUUAGGUGGCAUCGUGAGAAUGACCCUCAGUUUGACUGUCAUCAUGGUGGAGGCGACGGGGAACGUGACCUACGGCCUUCCCAUCAUGCUCGUCCUCAUGACCGCAAAAAUCGUCGGAGACUACUUUCAAGAGGGCUUGUAUGACAUCCACAUCAAGCUGCAGAGCGUUCCCUUCCUGCACUGGGAGGCUCCUGCCACCUCCCACUGGCUCACUGCCAGAGAGGUGAUGAGUUCUCCGGUCACCUGCUUGAACCGACUGGAGAAAGUCGGAACCAUCGUGGACAUACUGAGCAACACGUCGACCAAUCACAAUGGCUUCCCCGUGGUCGAGCUGGUUACAGAAAAUGAUGAGGGUGGCAAUCCGGCAAAACUCUGCGGCCUCAUCCUCCGGUCUCAGCUCAUCGUUCUGCUUAAGCACAAGGUGUUUGUGGAGCUGGCCCGGUCUCGCCUGACUCACAGGAAGCUUCAGCUGAAAGACUUCAGGGACGCCUACCCCCGCUUCCCCCCGAUCCAGAGCAUCCACGUGUCUCAGGACGAGCGGGAGUGCAUGAUGGACCUGAGGGAGUUCAUGAACCCGACGCCUUACACCGUACCGCAGGAUACGUCUCUGCCUCGUGUGUUCAAGCUGUUCAGAGCCCUGGGACUCAGACACCUGGUGGUCGUGGAUGACGAGAACAGGGUGAUCGGACUUGUCACCAGGAAAGAUCUGGCCAGGUAUCACCUGGGCAAACACGGACUGGAGGAGCUGCAGCUGGCUCAGACGUAGUCCGGAAACACAGACUGUGACCGCCCGAUGCCUCACAAACUGUCCUUCACCAGCUAUGCAGCCUCGCAGGACACCCCCAAGGUCCCAGAGGUCUCUGCUCUGCUCGCUCUGAGUGAGAUUACUACUCCAAAAGGAUUUCUACAACUUUUUACUAUUAUUGACCAGCUUACCUUAAAGUAAUGGAUUUGAGGGUCAUUGUAGCUUUUACGACAGUUUUACAGACCUUCCCUUCAUUUUCUUUUCGGCAUGUAAAGCUAGGAAUCCCUGAAAGUGAAAUCCUUAUUUCCCAGUUGUUCAACAGAACAAUUUCUGCCCUGUUUUUUUAAUCGUCAAGCCAUUCACACACUGGUUUGUCUUAUUAACUCCAAACUUUCUUCUCACAGACUUGAAGUUAGCUCUCAGAUGAAGUUGUGUAGCUGGAUGCUAUUGAAAUGUUGUGAUCAGCUUAUUGUUAUUAAAUCAAAACCGCAGGGCUUUUCAUCCUGCCACUGAACCACGACGGAUAUUUAAAGUUACUUUCUUUGAAAGGCAGAUGCUGAGAGAAUGUUUCUGACCAGUGGAGUUUCGUCCCCGUUUGUGUGUUUGUGUAGUUUUGCACUGUAAGAAGGUUAUUUAUUGUUGCUUGUUUACUUAUUUUAAUUUAAAGCGUGGUGUUUAGGUUUUACAUCCCAUUAUUCUAUGCUCUGGUUUUGAGUACCUGAAGAAACUGUACUGCCUUCCAGAUAACCUUUCGAGUUUAAAACAGAUCCUUCUGUUAGCUUCUCAUAUCCAUGCACCAUAAAUGACAAGCAGAACGGUACUCUAAAAGGUACAAAUAUUUAUUUUCCGACCUUCUAACACUCUCAUAUGAUUGAUCAGCAUCAUACAUCUCUAUAUGAAUGUAAACCUGUUUACUACAUACCUUCCAUUUCAACUUAUUGAUGUACGGAUCAGAGUCAUAUUUUCUGACGAAUGGGUUUUUUUUUGCACACCAAACAUUUCUCCAGUGAUCAGUAUUACUUGUUUUAUGCACUUCAUUGUCUUCACACUUUGAUUAUUGUCUCUGUUGUUCCCUCUCUACUUGGCUGUGCGAGUGUCGACGUCAAAUAUCUACCUGGCUCUAUUUUAUAAGCACUGGAUUUGCCUUUUGUGAAAUAAAUUAAAACGGAUGGA